AGCUUUGAGCAAAGUGCUUCGAAGUGUGUUUUUUCCAGCUGAGUUAGCUAGGUGUGGUGCCGUGCACUGAACACAUUCCAACCGACUGCACAUAGUAAAACCGCCAAACUAACGAACAUUUCUACGUACUUGGUUCACGAAUAAUCCUCUGUACCAUAACGCAAAAACCAGGAACCAGUUUUCGUUUUGACAACCGGUGUUGUUCGUGAGCCGAUUGUGGAGAAGCAAGAAAUAGCUAAAGUGUUCUAGGAAGUCACACCAACCAAGGAAGCUAUGGAGGAUAAGCAGAAAAAACGUGGACGUCAGCCGAAGGUUGUGAAGGAACCGGUGGUGGUGGUUCGGAUCGAGCAGGAACCCGAUCAAAUGCCCGUCGUGGAACCGUUGAAGGCGAAGGGCGGUAAACGGAAGGUUACCGUUUCCGAAACUGUGGCCACGGAAAAACCCCAACGAAAGGCGAUGGGAAGGAAAACAAAGGCAUCCGCAUCGGAGCAAAGCAAUGGAUUGGAAGCAAAUGAAGCCGUAAAAAGUGACGAACCGGUAAAAAAGAGUCGAUCGACAAGGAAGAAUGUGGCUGUGGAUCAACCCAACGGGGUAUCGGAGGAGCAUAAAACAAAGGCUGCGUCAUCGGAGGAAAGCAAUGGGCUAUUGGAAAAGGCUCCCGUUGUCGAAAAGAACAGACCAGUAAAGAAGAGUCGAUCGACGAAGAAAGAAACGGUUGUGGAACGACCCGAACCUGUCAUCGCACCGGUUAAAGAACAAAAGACGAAAGGAAAGAAAAUUGUUGCUAAUGAUACGAAACAGUCAGAUGAACCGGAAAAGGCUGUGGAAUCUCCAAUGCCUGCUAAGAGAGGAAGAGCUAAAACCAGUGCUGCGAAGGUAGCAAAGGAACCGGAAGACACAGCAAUCCCACCAAAGCCUAAGGGACGAGGCAAAGGCAAAGAUAAAAACGAUACUGAAACUGCAGUCAAAAAGAAGGAGGAAGAUUCAAAAUCUCUAUCUGCUGUUGAAGCAACAACGGCAACAACAACAAAACCAAACGCAAGAGGCAAGAAGAAGGUAGCUGCUGUCGAGGAUGCUUCUCCGGCCGUGGCUCCUACACCUGAAUCACCAGCAAAGACCGUAGAACUACCCAAGCGAGGCAGAACUCGCAAGGCGAUCGUUGUGAGCGAUGCCGAUGGAGAAGCUGAUGGUAGCAGCAAUACUAACAGAAAAGCUUCUGGCGGAGCAACCAAUGGAGACAUUCCGACCGUAACGCAACGGAAGAGGACUAAAGCACUGGUAGACGAUGCCGAGGAAGUGGCGGUACCAUCAAAAGAAAAGAAAGCGAAGGUGGCUACGCCGAAAAUGAACAAAUGUGCCACCGAUUACGGGACCAUCAACUUUGCGCUUGGCGAGCCCAAACCGUGGACGUUAAAAAUCUCCAGCUGGAACGUGGCCGGUUUGCGCGGUUGGGUAGGCAAGGGUGGGCUUGACUAUAUCGAGCACGAGCAGCCGGAUAUACUGUGCGUACAGGAAACGAAAUGUACCGAAGAUCAACUACCGGACGAAGCGCGUCAUAUCAAGGGUUACCAUCCGUACUGGUUGUGCAAGCCGGGUGGUUACGCUGGUGUGGCGAUCUAUUCGAAAAAGAUGCCCAUCCACGUAGUGUACGGGUUGGGCGAUGAGGAGCAGGAUCAGGAUGGUCGGCUACUAACGGCUGAGUACGAGAAGUUCUACCUCGUGUGCGUGUACGUUCCGAAUGCGGGGAAAAAGUUGGUCACCCUACCGAAACGGUUGCGGUGGAAUGAAAAGUUUCACCAGUAUUUGCGCGAUCUGGACGCUAAGAAGCCAGUGAUACUGUGUGGCGAUAUGAACGUUGCGCACGAGGAAAUCGAUCUGGCCAAUCCGAAAACCAACCGUAAGAAUGCUGGCUUCACGCAGGAGGAACGUGACGGAAUGAGUAAUCUGCUUUCGCUUGGCUUUGUCGAUACGUUCCGGAAGCUUUACCCCGACCGGAAGGGUGCGUACACGUUCUGGACGUAUAUGGGAGGAGCGAGAGCGAAAAAUGUAGGCUGGAGGCUGGAUUACUUCAUCACAUCCGAGCGACUGGUGGACAAGGUGACGGAUAAUGUUAUCCGGACGCAGGUAUACGGUAGCGAUCACUGUCCCGUGACGUUGUUCUUAAACAUUUAAGAUAUCCGCAAUUUGGGUGUAUUUAGUUGCUGUUUUACAUUGCAUUUUUCUGUGUCUAAUAAUUUUCUUUUUGUACUUUCGGAUUAUACGUUAAUGCUGAUUGUCCCGUGUAGACUCUUGUUGGUCUACGGUUGUCGUUGGGAACUGUAAUCCUUUUUAAAAGUAUCUAUUUUAACCGAUCAGUAUCACUGCAGGACUUCAGCACUUUCGUGAAGAUAUUUGUUUGGUGUGUGUGCGACAU